AUGGAUAUUGAAAUUGAAGAUGCUCUUGAACUAGCCCAUCAAACUUAUGAACUUCAUUUAUCAAGAAAAAACAAAAAAGCCCGACUAUCUCGUUCACAUGAUGGAAAUCCUGAACUAGUUUCUUCGCAAUCUAUUUCAUCAUCUUCUUCGUUUGAAAUAAAUAACAAAAACGUUUCUCUUCCAUUAAUAAACACUGAUACUCCAAAUGAUGAAGAUGAUAUAGUUUAUGGUAAUAUUGAUGAAUGUACUCAAUCGGUUGCUGAUAUUAACAACAUCGACGAACUUUCUAUGUUAGAUUCAAGUGUUUAUUCAGAUAAAAUACUUGAAGAAAAUGAUUCAACUUAUUCUACUCAACUUCAUUCUUAUACUGAUAUACCUACUGAUAUAUUUUGUCGAAGACUUCUUCAAACAUUUCGUGAUUCUAAACUUUCUAAAAAUGAACAUCAUAAAUUUCUCAAUUUAAUUCAUGAUGCAUUGCCAAUUCCGAACAAUUUACCAUCAAAUAUGAAUAAACUUUUAUCAUUGAUUCAAAUAGAAAAGAAUUUAUUUAAUAAGAAAAGAAUUUGCCUUAUAUGUACACAAGAUAUUGCUAGUGAUAUAUGUUUUUGUCCUACAUGUCCAAAUUCUAAUGAUACAAAUAUUGCUAUUAUAUAUCAAUCAGAUCUUAAAUCUAUUCUUUCAUUAUUAUUAAAAAAACUUUAUAAAGAAAUUCGUGAAUAUACAAAACAACUUCGAAUAAAUCAUGAUGUAUUAGGUACUUAUGAUAUUGGUUUUGGUUAUGCUUACCAACAAUUAUUACAUAAAUAUUCUAAUGAAAAUUUUAUCACUGCGUUGAUGCAUUUAGAUGAAUUACCUUCCAAAGUUCGUUAUCAAAGAUAUAACAUGCCAAUUGUUUCUAUGUGGAUUAGUUCGAAAGAACCAAAUGCAUCUAUAUGGCUUCAAAAUACUAUUGCUGUACUUGAAGAACUUAAAACUACAGGUAUCGUUGUAAAUGAUGAUAUUGUAAAAUUAAAAGUUCUUGCUAUUACUGGUGAUACACCUGCUUUGAAGAUAGCUUUAAAUUUUAUAUCUCACAAUGGCUAUUACUGUUGUUAUUUUUGCCUUUUGCACGGUGUCCAUCAAGAAGGCAAGCGACAAUAUCCAUAUGAAUGUCCAUUUCAAAUGCGAACUGCUGAAAGUUUUGCUCGAGAUUCCAAUAUUGCUUCUCAAUUUAAACGAAAUGAAAAUGGACAUCUAGGUGUUUCUGUUAUUGCUAAUGUAAUUGAUAUUCAAUUACCUUAUUCAAUCAUUGUCGAUUACGCCCAUGCCAGUUUACUUCGACAUUCAAAAUCAAUAUUUAGUGAACUUUAUAGACGUUUAAGUCCAGCUAUUCGUGAUGAUGUUGAUAUUGCUUUAGCUAAACAACCAUUUCCACACUUCUUCAAUCGUCGUAUGAAGUCAUUCAAAGAUCUUUCAUUUGUUAAAGCUACUGAAGUUCGAAAUAUACUUUUUUAUGGUUUUCUUCCAAUCUUUCAUCAACAUCUUCCAAUGAAUCUUCUCAGCCAUUUUGCUUUAUAUAUAUCCGGUAUGCGGUUAUUACACAGUAGUCCAAUAUUUGGUGAUAAAACAUCUGAGAUUGCUGAUGCAUUACUCAUGAAAUAUUAUCAAGAUUUUCGUUCAUUCUAUCGAGGUCUCGAAAAUUUCGUUCUUCACGUCCAUUCACACUUUAAAGCCCAACAUAAAAUGUUUGGAGCAUUUUCGCAUUUAGGAUCAUUUGGACAAGAAGGAUUAGUAGGAUACAUGGGAUCAAAUUUUAGUGGUACUCGUUAUCAAGGUGAUCUUAUUGCUGAAAACUACAGCCUUGAUAUAGUUCUUCGUCAUGAAAUUAAUGAUAUAAAUUUAUUUACUAAAAUAGUUGAUGGUCCUUUUGAUAAAGAUGUAAACUUCGAUUUUACAUCGAAUGAUAUUUUUCUUGAUAUACACAAUCGUGAAUGUAAUUGUAUGUCAAUUAAUACUUGUUUAACUGCUUUUCGACGAUGUAGAAUUCACCACCACGUAUAUCAUUCAAUACAUUACAAACAACGACAAAAAAGUAUCAGUUAUUUCGUCAGAUAUUGUCAUCUAACUAAUGAUGGUGUUUAUUCAUUUGGUAAAAUUAUUAUGUUCUUCCAGGUUCAAAGUUCCACUUAUGCCCUGAUUCAGCAACAUCCAGUUCAUUGUUUAUUUAGUGAUUUAUUAUUACCAUCACCAUAUCAUGAACUUUUACAUAAACCUAUAAAUCAUCUAUUUUAUGUUGUUUCUAAACAAUGUCUUUCCGUUUAUGAACCUGUACUUGUAAGUCGAAUUCUAGAUCAUUGUAUUAUUUUUGAUUGUAUAGGUUAUCAUAUUGUUACACCUGUGUCAUCCUAUGAUGAACAUGAUUGA